AGAUAUAUCGAUCCUGUUCCGCGUUCCAGAAAUACAGAUUCUGCGGGGACAUGGAUUCAGGAUCGAUUUUCACAACAAUACAAACAUAUAUAUAAUACGUACAUAGCACCUCGUCGCUUUGUUUAUUUUGUUUGAUUUGUUUUAUUUAUAUAGUUCGAAACUUUUAAUUAGUAAAAAGAAGGUCCAUGAAUUACUUGCUGUCGAGUAUCGGAUAUCAUUAAAAUCCUUACUUCAUAAAUACUCGUACUCACGAUAAAAUAUGAUUAAAUGUUAUGCAAAAGGUUGUACGUCAAAUGAAAAAAUUGAAAUAGAUGGUGAAAAAUUAGAGCUUUAUCCAUUUCCAGUCGAUAAAAACUUGAGAAAUGAAUGGAAAAGGAUAUGUGUGACAUUGAAUGAUAAAAAAAAACCUUAUCUCUGCGAACUUCAUUUCGGUACAAGUGCUUUUGACUCGGCGAGGCGUCUCAAGCCAGAUGCAGUUCCUACAAUUGAAUCAUUGAAAAUUAACACAAAUUAUGAGACUGUAACUGUCUCAGACAGCGAACCCGCCAGCAAAAAGUCAAAGUCCCUGGACUCAGAUGAUGACACAACAAGUAAAGCUAAGCCUUUCCGAUUGACUAUUGAAAUAAAAAAAAUAGUUUCACGACCAUCUCCGCUGUCUGAGAAUCGAACCAAACCACAAGAAGAAACUGUAUUUAUUAAAAAUGGAACAGACAAGCAAAAUAGUUUACAAUGUUUAGUUUGCAAAGAGUCAUUCUCUGAUAUAACAGAUCUUUAUAGCCAUAACAAAACACACUUUACCUGUAAUAUAUGCAACAUAGAAUUUACGUCUAGAAACAAUUAUGAAAAUCAUUGUCAAUUACAUAAAAGUAAUAUGGAUCAACGCCUGUACAAAUGUGAUACUUGUGAAUUACGUUUUGAAAGUAAAGACGAAUUAAGCAAGCACAGCCAUUCAACUGUAGAUAGUAAUGAUGAUGAAGAAACUCGAAUUCAGUAUUGCAGGUCAUGCAAAAUGACAUUUAGCGAUGAGGUUCUCUUCAGUGAUCACUUGAAUACACAUAUCGGAUCUUGGUAUGUUGAUGCACAUGAGUAGUUGCGUUCAAAUGUACAUACAGAUGGGAAAUAGUAAUAAGUGCACAUUUGCUAUUAGUUUGUACAUACAUGUACAUAAUAGUAUGGUCUUAUCCACAUCUUGAACGACUUAAAUUAACGACUUAAAAAAAUGACUGCUCUAGAGUUAAUUGGCCGUUCAAGUGAUAAUGCCUUGUUUUGAACUGAUAUCUGUGAUCUCUAUCUAGAGAAUUGGUCUCUAGCACCCAACAAAUCUUAGUGGCAAUUUUCUAUAUAAUAGGAUGAUAUGAAUGCCACAUAAACAGAUCCAAUGAAAUUGUAUAUAUUCCAAAAAUUAUGAUGAUAUAGCUAUAUCAAGUACUAUGAUGUACUUGAAAAAUAAAUGCAUUCUAAUUUAAAAAA